UUCAACAAAGUCGCCGUUGGACCUGAUGAUGGACUCAGCUGGGAAGUACAUGCUCGACGACGGCAAAAGCACCAUCAAGGCCCUGAUGCAGUUAAAAGCAGAGCACGCGGCAGGUACCCUAGGGCCGUGCUGCGAGAAGUUGAUGCAAGUGUUGGUGUCAGGCGAGCUCGUUGUGCAAGCGGUGCACUACCCAUCCGGUGACACUCUCGAGAGGUUCGCCUUCAAUGCGCAUGCUCACGAUGAGGAGAACAACACGUUCUUGCCGACCACGGUGGCCACGAAAAUCAAGCUCAUCAAGUCCAUCAAAGCCACAGUUCCCGGUGGCGAGUGGAACUUGGUGCAGACUUGGCUGGAAGGGAGAUACGGCGUCGCCAAACGUUCCUCCAUCAAGCGGACGAUCACAGCUGCCAAGUGCGUGAGCGACCGCGUCGUGGAGUUUAUCGACGAGAGGGUGCUCGACGAUGGCGCCAGCCUCACGAUCGAUUCUUUUCAGAAAACAGUAGGUCGGCCAAUUAAGUUCGCUUGCGUGUGGGUGAAGCACGUUACCAACCAAUACUCGGACGUGUUGGGCACCGCGGAUGGCAACUCCAUGAAGGGCGCCGUCGACCGCACCCGGACCAACCUGCUCAUGAACGAUGGUUCGAGGGCCAAGGUCGUCGAGUGCAUCGCUGUGAACAGCCCGCUCGCGCCCACGAUUGUCGAUUGCAAGGUUCUGGUGGACUCCCUGAAGGCAGUGAGGGCUCGCUUGCGCGCCCCUGCUCCUUCGGCAAACGGCCGCGGGGCCAAUGGCGACGAAGCCGGCGACGACCUCGACCUGGAGCUGGAGUCGAUCGCGGUGAAGGGCGAGCAGGACAAGAGCGGAGUUGAAUGUCGCACCCCGGAAGAGCGGGCAGCCGACGCGAAGGCCCAGAUGCACAUGGGCGCCAUCGCGACGUUUUCAAGCCAGGCAGAGUUCAAGGCGGAGGUGGUUAGACGAGUAAUAGAUGUGCACACUAAGUCGGACUGGCUGAUCUUGUUGGACGCGUCGAACACAGCACGUCGCGUGCAGACCUCGUACCUCGAACUGAUCAAGGCGUCCUUGUCGGAGAAGGUAACUGGCCGCAUCGUGUGCAUGGUCGGGCCUUCAAUGGCGAACGCAGCAGCUUGCGCCGAGCAGAUGGCGAGGCUAUGGCCGAGGGCGAACGUGUACGACACCAAGGUGGCCCAGGGCACCGAGCAUGCCGACCGUGCCAGGGGGUCGCGCGGCGACGAGUACAUUAUCACCGUCGAGCUGCCGAAUGCGAAGAAUGGGGCGAACGCCGUCCCGCACAUCCUCGUCGCGGCGACGCCCCGCGGCAGCCCUUCGGAUGCGAUGGUGGUUUCCUGCGACGGUGCGUGCGAGCACCUGCAGACGAACCCCCAGGCGCAGGGCCAGCAGGGCGACGACGGCGCCCCCCCAGAGGACAGGGAGAACGCCAACUUCGAGGCAAUGCUGGAGGAUAUGAUGCAGUCGGAGGACGUGGGCGGCUCGGGAAAAAAGAUCCGGCGCUGGUCCUUCGCGCGCCCGGUCGCGACGUACAGCGCAGUGUUGCGGCAGAUCGGUCGGAUCUCUGCCUGCCAGACGUGCAUCAUAGUCUCGGGCACGGCUUCCCCGAAUUCCAUCCUCGCAGCGCAUGCCGCUUAUGCCGAGAUGAUGAUGGGGAACGGCCAGCACGUAUUCGCGCUCGUCGACCGCCCGUCGGCCCACCUCCGAUGGCACGGGCAACAGGUCCUGUUGACUGGGCUUCGGGCGGCAUGCGCUCCGGCCGCUUCGAGCGCGUCCACGUCGGCCGGGUGUUUGUUGGAGAACUUGCAGUUGAUCGUCGUGCCGGCUGCGUCCACCACCAUCGACAUUGCUGACGUUCCAUUGACUGAGUCGUCUCCUUUAUCGGGCAUUGACAUCGCGGUGGACAUCAGGAAACAUUUCCUUCCGUUGCGGGAGAAGGAGCCCAUGGAGUACCAGCUCGUCACUCGGCCCGAUGGCGACCAUACUCGAGUCUAUGCCCAUGCGAACUUGUCCGAGGGCACCGACGUGGGCAAUGCCACGCACAUACUGUUCUCGACCCGCGCGUCGCUGGAAGCCUUCUUGAAGUCUGCUGCUCGCCCCAGUCGCCGCCGGUUUGCCGAUCGCUCGUUCAAGAUCGAGUCCGUGUUCUACGACGGCAGCGCCGCGGCGCUGCACGGCGCGUUCGUUGGGAUCGUUGGCGAAGUCAUGGCGCCGAACGCCAACCAGCGCCCCAACGUCGAGCUGUACGCCUGCCCUGGCGCUGGCAUGAACCCUGGCUUGGUGAAGCUCCGCGUAAAGACCAGGAACAGGUGCGGCGUCGGCAAGAACUCAGAGCUUCUCCUCGAUUACGGCGGCGACUUCAACCUCGCGCUCCCCGUGUUGGCAGGGGGGGCGGCAGAAUCCAUGAAGGGGCCAAUGGAUAGAUUCCUCGCCAGCCCUCCGAGCGCCAAGAAGCCUCGCAUCGAUGCCGCGAAGCCCGAGGACCCCAUGGACGUGGACGGCCCCGCGGACCCGACCGCCCAGAUGGAAGAGGGGGAAGGCAAAGGGGCGCCGGAGCCACCGCCUGCAGACGCCGCGGCCCUCGCAACCCUCGGGGGUGGCGAGGGCGCGCCAGGAACGGCGGCCGAAGCCUCCCCCUGGCCCGAUCUGUCCAAGUUCGGCAACAAUGCUGUCGCGAAGAUGGUGUGGGAGAGCGGGCCUCGGGCGUACUGGCACGUCUCGUCCGAUGCACGCAAGCGUCUUUACCUCGUUCGAUUUGAGCCUCCUUUCACCGAGGCUGCGCAGACCAUCCUGGAGCAGUUCGUGGGCGGUGCGUGCGGGAAGUGCGACGCCUCUGACGACAGCCUGGACUUACCCUUCAACUUGGCCUCGAACUCGCUCAUCGUCUUCGACGGCGAGGUCAUGACCUUCGAGGCGGCGUGGAAGAAGGCAUUGAAGGCCAACCCGGGCAUGACCAUGUGGGGUUUCUAUAAGGUGUCUGGCGCCGUGGACGCCGCAUCGACCGAGGCAAAGGUGACCCUGUCCACUCUGAACGCGUGCCGCUUGAAACCGAAAGCAGGCAGCACGUUGAUCGACAUCCUUGCGCUUGUCAAGGACGGGGUCAAUUUGAAGACCCGCGCCAAGCUCGUGCCCAUGUGGCGAGUCAAGGACGGUCAGUUCUUACCUUUCGGGGCAGCGCUCAUCAAUGUCAGGAAGCUCGUCGUGCCGAAGGGCACGCCGAUUGAGUUGUCCACUUGA